AUGACUAUUACGGAGCAUGGAAGUUAUCCGCCGGAGCUUUCUACAGAGGAAGAGAAAUAUCUACUGGAAAACGUGAAGGAUUGGUCCAUCGCCCACGGACUCGCAGUGCGACCAGCCCCAUCCUUCGUGGAACCAUCCAAUGACCCAUCUGGGGUGCUUGCUACGACAGCGCCAGUCACUCUUUUCCCCAGCUUGUUUCCUCGUAGCUGCUUCGAGGAGGGUCUCGCCAUCCAAAAAGCCUAUAAUGAGCUGUACUCGGCAAUAGCCCGAGAUGAGGAAUGGUUGAAGAGUAUCGUGGAAGAGUAA